CAUUCGAGGAGUUUUGUUUUCAACUGAUAAAAAAAAUCAAAAUCCGUCACUGUCAGAAGAAUUAUGAGCAAUUUGAAAGCGAAAUACGUGUAAAAUAAAUCAUAUAAAAUGAAAGAGAAUAAAAUCAGUGGAACAGUAAGAAAGAAAUAUCUCAAAUUUCAGAUCCCGGUGUAGGUAAAGUUUUUAAAAUGGGGUUUUUAGCUGAUACCGUAGUCAUAUUAAUUUCUCAGCUCGUUUUUUUUGUCGGUGGGCAAAUAUUCUUCGUGAAGCAACUGUUUCGUGAUUAUGAAGUUAGACAUUCGCUGGUCCAGUUCAUUUUUUCAAUUACGCUAUGUUCUUCUUUAAUCAUGUUUGAACUCAUCAUUUUCGAAAUUAUUGGAUUUCUCGAACUCAGCUCGAGAUACUUCUACUGGAAUGUCUAUCUAUAUUUGAUGUUAUUCUUAGUCAUUGUGAUCAUACCAUUCUACAUAGGAUAUUUUGUAGUCAGCAAUAUUCACAUGGUCAGGAAAAAAUUUAUCCGUCCGUUAACAGUGUUAGUAUGGCUUAUUUACCUAUAUUUCUUUUGGAAAGUCGGAGAUCCGUUUCCUAUUUUGAACCCCAAGUAUGGAAUUCUAUCUAUUGAACAAGGUAUAAGCAGAAUUGGAGUAAUUGGAGUCACAGUAAUGGCAUUAUUAUCUGGAUUUGGUGCUGUCAACUACCCUUAUACGUCUAUGGCAUAUUUCAUUAGAUCGGUAUCUCGUACAGAUGUGAUGAAUACAGAAAAACGUCUUUUGCAGACUAUCGACAUGAUUAUAAAUAAGAAGAAAAGAAUAGCUGUCGCGAGUCAUAAAUCAUCAUCGUUAUCUAUGAACGACAGUCAAACAAAAUCAAUUUGGGGUUUUCUGAAAAACGUGUCCGUAUCUGUGACCGGUUCUGGAGAAAAUAUUGGUUUAUUGCGUCAGGAAAUAUCGGCUUUGGAAGAAUUGAGUCGUCAUUUGUUUUUAGAACUGCACGAUAUUCAUAACGAAAUGGAACGUGCUGAAUGGGCCAAAACAUGGCGUGGAAAAUAUUUUAAUUUCCUUGGAUAUUUAUUUUCGUUGUACUGUAUGUGGAAGAUAUUUAUCUCUACCAUCAAUAUUGUGUUUGAUCGAGUUGGGAAAAAAGACCCUGUCACUCGUGGAAUGGAAAUACUGGUCCAUUGGGUUGGAAUUGAUAUCGAUGUGGCUUUUUGGUCACAGCAUAUUUCAUUUUUUCUAGUUGGAUGUAUCGUUAUUACUUCAAUUCGAGGCUUACUUCUUACUUUGACUAAGUUUUUCUACGCCAUUUCUAGCAGUAAAUCGUCAAAUGUGAUCGUCUUAAUUUUAGCAGAAAUUAUGGGAAUGUAUUUUGUGUCAACUGUACUUUUGAUGCGAAUGAACAUGCCUCCAGAGUACCGCACAAUUAUUACUCAGGUUUUGGGUAAUUUACAAUUCAAUUUCUAUCAUCGAUGGUUUGACGUGAUUUUUUUAGUUAGCGCACUAUCGUCUAUUGGAUUUUUAUACCUAGCUCACAAACGAGCACCAAAUGAGAAAUGAAAAAAGGUAACCAUUUUUGGUCUAUUACUUCAAUAUUACGAACUGUUCGUGAGUAACGUUUGUGAUGCAAUUCUUGAAAGUACUGUCCAGUUAUCGUUACGAGUAUUUUCUUUGUGAUUGGUGAUUGAGCUUACACGGUUACAAAUUACUGUCGGUAAACAUGAUUAAGAUUGGUGUGAUUUCAUUUCAUAAUUCGAUUUCUUCGCAUAGACUUGAGUUUUUAUGUACAAUAAGCAUAUUUUUAACAUUCUUUCGAAUGCAUCGUUAUUAACUUCUGUGAAGUGUCUUGAAUUAAAUAAAAUUUAUUUACAAAACA